CGCAGUGUGUGUGUGUGACAGUAGAGUUGAAUAAAAAGGGUUGAAAAGCCAAUUUAAGGUUUGUUGAUUGUUGGGUCAAUUGAAGUCUAAGCGAAGAGAUCAGAAAAUGGCGUCCAAAGCUCCAAAGAAGGCGAAUCUGUUAGAUCACCACUCCAUCAAGCACAUCCUCGAUGAGUCUGUCUCCGAGGUCGUAACCACUCGCGGCUAUGUGGAAGACGUCAGAUUGAGCAAUGUCAGGCUUUUCAUUGGGGCCAUUAUCAUCGUCAUUGCUCUCUUCGCCCAGUUCUACAAGAAGAAGUUCCCUGAAAAUAAGGAUUUUCUCAUUGCCUGCAUCGCCUUGUACGUGAUCUUCAAUGGGCUGUUGCAGCUGAUCAUAUACACUAAGGAGAAAAAUGCCAUUCUGUUUACUUAUCCUCCUGUUGGAUCCUUCACAAGCACUGGUUUGGUGGUUUCCUCCAAAUUGCCUAGAUUUUCUGACAUGUACACACUCACUAUAGCAAGUGCAGAUCCAAAAUCAAUUUCUGCAAAUGAACCCGUACAUCUUACCAAAAGUGUUACCCAGUGGUUCACUAAGGACGGAAUCUUAGUUGAGGGCCUGUUCUGGAAGGAUGUUGAAGCUUUGAUAGUUCAAUAUACGAAAGAACCAAAGAAGAGCAAGUAAUAUGGAGACAUGAACUUAGUUUUGCAGAGAACUUUUUUUGGUUGAAAACAUAUCUGGACAUGGUUUAUAAUUCUAUACUUAGACAUUCAAAAUAGAAGCCGGGGAAUCAAGCUUUCACCAGCUUUAGGGCCCAAUUUAUUCCCAUAUUUCGUCGUUGAAAAAAAGGCUCGAAACUUUAUUCUAACAAAUGAUGUGUUUAGUUUAUUUUUUGCUUUGUCUUCUGUUAGUAUGUUUUAUCAAUGAUUAUUAUUACAA